AGUUUUUGACCUACUCCCCUGUUCCGGUUCCGGUUCCUUUCUCUCUCUCUUUCUCUCAAAUUACAGAGAUAUGUCCUCCGCCGGAGUCACUGUCGCCGACGUGUGGCCGCAAAUGUAUUUCUGCCAUCAAUGCAACCGCACCGUCGACAUUACCCCCUCUGCAACCAACGAGCUCCUGUGUCCAACGUGCAAUUCUGGUUUCGUGGAAAAGUUUGAAAACCCUAACCCUGACCCGUACCCGACAUUUUCCGAUGCGUUCCACUCUCUGUUCAGCAGCUUGUUAUUCCCUUCGCACUCUCCUUCUUCAUCGUCGGUCGCCCCCUCUUUCUUCACCCCCUCCGACCUUCAAAAUCCCAGAAUCUACUCCUCUCGCCAUAGCCGUCGCUCUAAUCCGGGACAUGAAUCUCCUGUCAGGGGCGAGCGUGAAGAGUUCAACCCAUAUGAUUUUCUGUUCAGCUACCUAACUUCUCGCCAAGCCGACGGUGUUAAUUUCGAGUUUGUAUUUGAGGGAAGCCCAUUUGGAGGGGGAGGGAGUUCCCUACUUCCUGGCAAUAUUGGGGACUAUUUCAUUGGUGCGGGAUUUGAAGAUUUAAUCCAACAACUUGCAGAGAAUGAUCCGAACCGAUAUGGAACACCGCCAGCAUCCAAGUCUGCAGUGGCGGCACUGCCAACCAUUAAAGCAAAUAAAGAUUUACUCAGCUCAGAGUUGGCACAAUGCGCUGUCUGUAAGGAUGAUUUUGAGCUCGAAAUGGAGGUUAAACAGAUGCCUUGCAAGCAUGUCUACCAUAAUGACUGUAUCCUGCCAUGGCUUGAGUUGCAUAACUCGUGCCCUGUCUGUCGUUAUGAGUUGCCUACUGAUGACCCUGACUAUGAGAGCAGGGCUAGGGGAAAUGGAGGGGGAUCGGCCUCAGGCAGUUCUGGUAACAGUUCCCAGGGGCAGAGGACCUUAGAGAGGAGGUUCACAAUAUCAUUACCAAGGCCCCCAACGGAUUUUGGACGAUCACCUGAUGGUGGAGAUUCACAGUCUGGUUGGCAGCAGAAUAGGGACUCAAAUUAGUUAAACACAUUUGAUUCUUUCCUUGCUCUUACUAUGAAUAUAUAAUAUAUAUGGCUGGAAUUCUCUAAAGUGCUGGCUAUAUCAUGUGUGGCAGAGUGAAAGUUUACAGUCAUGAUAAGUAGAAAUGGUAAAUUGCUUCUUGGGCUGGAGAGAACCUUUUUUAGAGACGCAAGGCAAGAUAUACAAAUAUGAUGUUUUUGUUGGAGCAGUCAAUGACUUGGUCAAGUUUCAAUUUAUUGUCAUCUCUCCUGUGGUUAGUGAAGAUUGGAUCAUUCUCUCUUGUGCACACUUGAUCUGGAAUUUGAUCUUUAUGCAGCUAAUGAAUUGCUUUGAAUGCACAUUUUGUUUUACCAUUGCAUCAAGUGGGAUUUUUCUGCUAGUCUUGGACUCUUGGUAGGGAGGAUACAGAAUUGCAGAAAAAUGGCUGAAUGCACUUGAGAUUUUUUUAAUAUAUAUUACAUUUUGUGAUCUCUGGUUGUCAGUGAAAAUUUGCUCUAGUUGAAUUUCUUUUAGAUUCAUAAUUUCCUAUUAGGGUUGCAAUUUGCGAAUAUCGCUGGUUAAGCUACCCAAUGGAUGGAUAAGGAUUUGAAAAGGAUAUGUAAUGCCUUAACUAAUUAGGGUUAUAAAAUUAGACUUGUUUUGAGAAGCAAAAGCUUGGCAUGUCUAAUCAUUGCAAUUUUCGAACACGGGGGGUUCCUGGCGUCGGGUCUGGAUAAUGUGUUUGGGAAUAAUAAUAAUAAUAAAUAAAAAUUAUAGUCCGUAGAAAAAGCCAAGUGGCAAGCAAGCAAGCAUCGUAUUUAAGCUAUGUAGAGCCAUACUCACCACACAAAAGUGAGCACUCUUUGAGUCGCAGAGCAAUGGGAGUCUUGGGCGCCUUAACUUCAAGCUGGCAGAUUCCGGCGGGUUUGCCCCUCCCUCCGACUCGUACGGUCUCCUUCUCACCACCCGCACCCCCCCGCAACUAUAAAGCAUCCUCUUUUCUUUCUCCCAUCUCCACCACAAGUCUGAGGUGCGGGCGGUUAGGAAAGUGUUCCUCUAUCUCCAAGUCCAGGCUCAGGCUCAGGGUGACCUGCGGAGCUGUAAGGGAGAUAACGCAGAAGGAGUUCUCCGACGUAGUUUUGAAGUCCGAUCGACCCGUUUUAGUGGAGUUCGUCGCCACUUGGUGCGGCCCCUGCCGCUUGAUUGCUCCCGCUAUAGAAUCCCUCGCUCAGGAACAAGAGUAUAGGGAAAAGAUAACAGUGGUUAAGAUUGAUCAUGAUUCAAAUCCUCAGCUGAUCGAAGAGUACAAAGUUUACGGAUUGCCAACUUUGAUUCUCUUCAAAGAUGGAAAGGAAGUAGAAGAGAGCAGAAGGGAAGGCGCAAUAACAAAAGUUAAGCUCAAGAAGCAUCUUGACGGUCUUCUGGAGAGUAUCUGUGCUGUGUAAUCUUCAACUACCAGUUUUUGCUUUUUAGCUAUUUCAUUAUAUAUAUGAUCAUACCACUGAAAAUCUAAUUUGGAAAUCAUGUUUUUGUGUCCAUAUUAAUUUGUGAUAAAGCCAAGCCUGUCAUUUAUGUGCUCGUUUCAUAAAGCCAUGCCAGUGCAUAUAUGGUUUCAAA